GCGGAGGACGCGGCCGUUCCCGCGCGGUGCCGCCGAGCGGAGCCUCCGCGAUGUCCGGCCCGGCCCAGGAGCCCGACAGCGGAGCUGAGUCCCUCUCCUCGGAUGAAAAAGAGGUGACACCCAACGGCAUGGAGGGAUCGGGAUCAGGAUCGGGAUCAGGAUCGGCCGAGGAGCGCCCGGAGGGGGAAGCCAGUUCCGAAGGCAGCUCCAGCAGCAGCUCAGAAGAGGAGUCAGAUGCAGAGGAGUGGGAUGGAGGAAGGCCGGAUGAAGAGCGGGAGGAGAAGGAAUCCCCAGCUUACUGCAAUGAGUUAGGAGGGAGCUGCUUGGCACCCUGCGAGCACUGCAGGAAUGAAGAUGACCAGAAGGAGCAGGUGACCCCCAGGAGACUCGCUGGAGGACAAUUCAUGGUGCAGUUGGACGCAGAGGGCUCCUACCGGUGCAGCGUCACGGGGCUGAUUUUCGAGGUGACAGGCGCCGCCAGGAUCACGUAUUCCCUGUUAUCCUGGAGCAAAUACGCCCGGCUGGUGGAAAAGCCCUGGAUCGUGGGCGGGCCCCUGUUCGACGUGCGCUGCUCGGCGCCCGCCGCGCUCGGCUCCAUCCAGUUCCCUCACUGCCUGUGCCUGGGGGACGGCGGCGCCGGCGUGGCCUUCAAGGUGCUGCACGUCAAGGGCGGCGGCGCGGCCAUCGAGCCCUCGGCCGAGUUCUCGGCGUCGCACGUCAAGUGGGUGGUGAGCUCCCUGUCCCCCGUGGGACCCCUGAUCCACAGCCCCGAGCCCCUGCAGUACCACGGGGCUGUCAUCCUCUACAAAGCCGUCGACGAGCACCCCUCGCUGUCCUUCUGGGUCUACCUGGCCACCAACAACGACUCCUUCAUCAGGGAUAUCUCAAAGACGGUCAAGCACUCGAAAAGGAAAUUCGUUCAAAUCGAAAAGCCCCCUGUAUGCCAGAAAUUACUGCAGGAAGGAAAGAAGUACAGGCUGAUCUGUGAGCCAGAAGCUGAAAUUACUCCUGAGGAGAUUGAGUUUGUUGAUGGAUCACUCUUGAAACUGAAGAGUUACUUUGAGGUGUAUCUGGAGAAGCCUGAUGACUUCACCUUGUCCCUGGUGGAGCAGGACUCGGACGAGACCGUCUGGAAAGCCAGACUGCGAGAGAGGGAUUGGAUGCACUAUGACCAGAACAAGAACGAGCAGAGGAGGAGCACGGCCAGUGUGAAGAGGAGGAAGCCGGCCCUCGGCGUCCUGGAGGAAGAGGGGCUCCACAGCAAAAAGCAGAAAACCGGCGGCACGGCAGAUGGAGUGGGAGCAAAAAGCUUAACAGACCAGCAGCUGCUGGCCAUCGCCAAGCUGCUGGACCGGCGCUGGAGGGAAAUCGCCAUCGAGUGUCUGCAGAUGGAGAUGAAGGACAUCGAGGACAUCCGGGCCAUGGAGGAGGAGGUGAACAUGCAGAAAUUCCUGGUGCUGAGGAAGUGGAGAGACAGGGAGCAGGGCAAUGGAACUGCAGAGGCGCUGCAGAGCAGCCUCGGGGAAAAAGCCACCUACGAGAUCCUGCAGAAGCUGCAAGAUUUCUUGGCUCAGAGCUGAGCCAGCUGGAAGGAGGAGGAGGAAGAGGAGGUGGGAGCUUCCCCAUCCAACCAUUCCGCUCCCCUGGGAUCCUGCUGGCGUUCAGGAAUGUUCGUGGCAUCACCACUGGCCGGGAAGUUGGGGCAGGAUCCUCCAGAGAAACGUGAACGGAAUUUUGUGUGGGUAGAAGCCACUUCCCAGACUUUCAGGAGAGGCGGAUCCUGGAAUUCCAGGCUUCACCCACAGGGAAGAGCCACUCCGGAAAGACACAAACACUGGAAGAAACCACUUUUAUCUUUUUCAUCACCUGGAAAAGAUUUUUAAUUUCCAUCAGGGAAAAACAGGGAGAAGAAUUCCCCUGGAAACUUUCACCCCCUUCCAAAAACCCCUGAACUGCCAGAAUCGUGAGGUGCAUUGGAUUUCUCAUGGAUCAGGGAAGAAUAAUCCUAAACCUGCACCAGAUUCCUUUCCAUAAUCACUGUAUAGAUGGAAUUAUUGUAUAGAUCCUGUACAUCCAGUCCUUGUUAAGCUGUGGUUCUGCUUCCUGAAAUUCCCCAAGAUGGGAACACCACUACGAACUCCAGGCAGCUCGGAAUUUCCCCUUGGAAUUUCUUCUCCCCUCUUUUCUGUAUAGUUUGUCUCCACUUUUUUACCUUGUUUAAUACUUUUUUUGUACAAGAAACUUUUUUAUACUUCUUUUUUUUUUACUUGUUUUAUUCGAACUCGAAUAGAAUUUAGGUGCUUAAAAUGUGAGGAGCCGAAAUCCCUUGUGCUGCAGGAUUGGAAAAAAAAUUGGGAAAAAUGGAAUUUGUAGAAGAGAGGAGUGACCAGAUCCAGGAUUGUCUUGUUUUUUAAGGCUGUGGGAUACUUGGGAUCAUCUUCCUCUGUGUAUGUUUGGGAAAGGAGAACAUACUUUUAAAAAAUAAGGAUUAAACAGGAAAAAUUUUCAUGA